CUCCGCGCAUCGGUGCUCUCGUAUCGCUCGUUCGUUUGGUCGCACACACGCAGCCACCUAAUUCCAGUGCGCCCGCAUCACAGGCGUUGAUCUAGGCGAGGCAUCAACCGCCGGCUUGAGCUCCCUAUUCACACUGGGCGGGCGCAUGGCGGUCCCAAAUCCCGUGGUGAGCCAGGUCGUCCAUUUCUCUUCCCCUGUUUAUCAUUCUUCGUGCUCUCCGUGUGCUUCGUCUCCGCCUCGGCGCCUCUUCUCCUCCUCCGCCACUCCUCCUCCUCGCGCCCGAUCAUCCUCCUCGCCCGCUCUGCUGUUGGUGAUAAUGCUCGCACGGCUGCCGCAUCUCAUCGCCGCAUCGUCGUCCUCGCCAUCGCCAUCGGCAGCAGCCUACCCUAGCGCCACUGCGUCGCCGCCGCCGCCCUCGGCAUCCGCGGUAGCAUCGGGCCUCCAGUCGCUGCGGCAGGGCGGAUUCGUCACGGGGGAGGAGCAAUCGGCGCAGCCGCAGCUUCAAUCCAGCGGCCGGGCCCUCGGAUCUAUCUCGGCCAUGGAGGAGAUCCCUUGCUGCAAUGGUUGCUACCGCACGCCCGUGGUGAUGAGGAAUCACACGGAUUUGGAGUCGUUCUUGGUGAUGAUCCAGAACGCGGCGCUCCAGGUGGAAGGGGAUCACGACUUCGACCCUAAGGUCUAUGUAGAUCUGCCGCUCAAGCACUCGCUGCCAUCGACCAAGGAGGCGUUCGUCAGUCUCUUCCAGAACAACAACGGUAGCGUCGACACAGGCGAGUUUAACCAUUUCCUUAACGAGUUCUGUGACAAACCCGGGAGCGAUCUCCUACCCGACAACCUCACCGAUUUUAAGAACGAGCCAGAGGGGUUCCUCGCGAAUGUUACAAAUCCCGCGGCUCGCGACUUUGCGCUCAAGAUGCAUUCGCUGUGGUGGCUCUUGGCGAGGAAAGUUAAGGAGAGGGUGCACAAGGAUCCACACCAGCACACUCUGAUACCUCUUCCAAAUCCAGUCGUCGUUCCCGGUGCCAGAUUCAGGGAGGUUUACUACUGGGAUACUUACUGGAUCGUCAGAGGUCUUCUCGUGAGUAAGCUCUACGAAACGGCCAGGAAUGUCGUGGAGAAUCUGAUGUUCCUUGCCAAUUCUUUUGGAUUUAUUCCAAAUGGUGCUCGCACCUAUUACACUAACCGAAGCCAACCCCCGCUGCUUAGCGAAGCCGUCAUGGCCAUCUAUCAUGAGACCAAGGACGUUUCGUUUGUGGAAAAGGCAUUCCCGGCUCUUCUCAAGGAGCAUAACUUUUGGUGUGCUGAUCCUCACCGAGUUCAUAUCCGUGACGCAAACGGUGUUGAGCAUGUGUUAACAAGAUAUUAUGCUAUGUGGGAUGAACCACGGCCCGAAUCUUCCACUAUUGACAUGCAAAUUGCGAAAGGUUUGGAGCGACACCAGCGAGCUGAGCUUUAUCACCACAUUGCCACUGCUGCUGAGAGUGGCUGGGACUUCAGCUCUCGCUGGAUGGAGGAUCGUCACAAUCUUAAAACGAUGAAGACGUCUUUCAUCCUGCCAGUGGAUCUAAACGCGUUUCUUGUACAGAUGGAAAACAACAUUGCUCUUUUUGCGAAGUUGCUUGGAAAGUCUGACUAUGAGAAACACUUUUAUAAGCUUGCAAACUCUAGAAAGAUUGCAAUGGACGCCAUUCUAUGGAAUGAAGAGAUGGGUCAGUAUCUCGACUACUGGCUCGUCAAGCGAAACGCUACAAACAGCGCCGCCAAUUACAAGGCAUUUGAGGUUACGUACGACUUUCUCCCAGAACAUCACAACACUGACGCUUACCCGUCCAACUUUAUACCUCUUUGGUGCGGCGUUGUUCCACCAGGCGAUAGGAAAAUCCAAAAAAUGAUAGCGUCGUUCAAAGAAUCGGGACUGCUGCUACCAGCUGGGAUUACGACCUCGCUUUUACAAACAGGACAACAAUGGGAUUACCCAAAUGCUUGGGCUCCUCUUCAACACAUGAUCAUAGAGGGCUUUGCGCUCACUGAGAACGAAGAAGGGAUUGCUCUGGCCAAGGAUAUCUCUAGACGGUGGUUGGAGACGAACUAUGUAGGAUACCUGGAGACUGGAGAGAUGCAGGAGAAGUACGAUGCUCGGUACUGUGGUAAAGUUGGAUCGGGAGGAGAAUACUUGCCACAGGCUGGAUUUGGAUGGAGCAAUGGUGUGGUGCUGAGCCUGUUCGAGAGAUUUGGAUGGGCCGCUGAGAAGAAAUUGACCUGCGAGUGAGCCUUCUUUUUUCCACAGAGGAGAGAACGACACGAUAUUCUUUCUGAUACUUGACGACGAGACGAGACGAGCGAGGCGCCAGACGAUACGACGAUGAAGAAAAAAGACGUGACAAUGGGAAGAUUCAAGCCCAAAACCAUACAACAACAACAACAACAACAACACAAGUGAUCAGAGUGAAAGGGAAAAGAUUUGUGGGGGAGGAGAAAUAAAAAUCAUUUUUGUGGAAGAAAGACACCAAUUUCACAUUUGUGAGCUAGAUGCAAAUAAAACAAAGAUUUGGUUUCUA